AUGUCAGCGCUACAGAAGACCAUCAUGAAAAACAAAUUACCCCCAAGGUGUCCAAGAAGCUCUGGAUCAAAAAUGGCACCGUUUGGCGCUGGUCGUCGUAAAGAUUAUACUCCUGUGUCGUGGAAGCAGUACUUCCAUCAGCAUGCAGAUGUCGAAACGGAUGGUGGCACAUUCAGAGUGUAUUUUAGUCCAGUGCCUGAUCAAUUGGACAGACCCAGGAUAGUGACUUUGCAUGGAGGCGGUUAUUCGGGACUGAGUUGGUCGUUAUUUACUGAAGAGAUCACCCAGAUGAUUCAUUGCCAGGUGGUUUCCAUUGACAUAAGGGGUCAUGGAGAGACAAAGGCGAAAAAUCCUGAAGACCUCAGCAUUGAUACCCUUGUCAAGGACGUAGAACAAGUUUUGCAGAAGUUGUUCUACAAAGAUUGUAUCCCCCCAUUAAUUCUGAUGGGACAUUCUAUGGGAGGAGCUAUUGCCGUACGAGUUGCACAUCUUCCUUCCCUGGAGUAUGCUGUAUGUGGCAUUGCUGUUAUUGAUGUCGUUGAAGGUACGGCAAUGGAUGCUUUAGCUAGCAUGCAGAGUUUCUUAAGGAGCAGACCAACACACUUCAAGAGUAUCGAACAUGCGAUAGAAUGGUGUGUUAGGAGUGGUCAAGUCCGCAAUGUGGAUUCAGCCAAGGUGUCUAUGCCAAGUCAAAUCGUAAAUUGCGAAACGAAUGAGCUAGCUAUAAACGAAGUGGAGAACUACGAGCCCAGUGAAGAGACGCCGGUGGUGGCCACGCGCCACGAGCCCAGGGCCGACUCCAUCGCCGAAGAGUCCGACGGUAGCGAGGACGAGCUGAGCUUCGUUAAACCGGCUGUAGGAGAUUGCCCCGUCGAGGAUACUUCCAUGAAGUACAAGUGGCGCAUCGACCUGUCGAAGACGGAGAGCCACUGGUCGGGCUGGUUCAGCGGCCUCUCCGCCGCCUUCCUCUCCGUGCGCGCCCCGCGCCUGCUGCUGCUCGCCUCCAUCGACGGGCUCGACCGCGACCUCACCGUCGGCCAGAUGCAGGGUAAAUUCCAAAUGAAAGUCCUGACGCGAUGCGGUCACGCAGUGCAUGAAGAUUCUCCAGAGGAGGUGGCCCGAGUUCUGGCGUCGUUCAUCCUGCGCCACCGCCUCACGGCCGCUAUCGACGAGGACAGAGCCGGGGAAUUCGUCAUGUAUAACUCGUAA